AUGUCUCAAGAGAACGACUUCCUCGUCCGUCUCCCUGACCACACCAACGCCCUCAAAACCAGACUUGAAAAUCGGCCUCUUCACCUUUCCCACAACAAGCCGCACUUUGAAUCCGGCAAGAUUGCCUUUGGGGGUCCGAUUUACUCCUCUCAGCCGACAAGCCUCGAGGAUGGCAUGACUAAGAUCACUGGAAGCAUCCAUCUUUGCAAGGCCAGUACCGAGGAAGAGGUGUGGGAGAUGGUUCGCAAUGAUCCCUAUGCCAAGCUAGGGGUGUGGAAUCUGGACGAGACUGUUGUGACACCCAUGAAAGUUUUCGUCAGCAAGCCCAUGUGA